CUCAGUGCUGCUGAACGAAGCGCGAGAGGCAACUGACCUUAGUAGGUAAGUUUAAGGCUGAUUGCCUUCUAAUCUGUCUAUCUUAGUAGGCUCAUCACCCACCAUAGUCUUUUACACCUCCCACCAACAACAGAUCUGUUCAACCAUUCCCCCCUCGCACACACAUUCUCGCCGCCGCUCGUAGCUCGCCGCUCUACUCCGUAUCUCUUGCCGGCCAAACGCGCAUAACGCGAUCAUCACCCCCACUUGCCAAACUUGCCAUCAACGACCAUCGUGCUAAGAGCAUAGCUUCCAUCUAGACCAAUUCAAAAUGUCCAACGAGAACGAAAACGGGACUCCUGGUGAGCAGGCACCCGCCAACUCCGAGCACCUCAACAUCAAGGUCACCGACAACAACAACGAGGUCUUCUUCAAGAUCAAGCGUACCACAAAGCUGGAGAAGCUUAUGGGCGCCUUUUGCGAGCGCCAGGGAAAGGCGACCAGCUCCGUGCGAUUUCUUUUCGACGGCACGCGAGUCCAACCCACUGAUACACCCGAUGCGCUCGAGAUGCAGGAUGGCGAUACCCUCGAGGUCCACCAGGAGCAGGUCGGCGGAUCUGCACAGUAAUAGAGAGGGGGAACUCCGAGGAACAAUGACCAGGAGGAAGAUCUCAAAAGAGGUGAACACACAAGAAUGAUAUUCUUGAACUGGAUUUCGAUUGAACCUGGUUGUACUUUUGGCUUUGCGUACAUCAGACGAGAGGAAGACUGAAACAAUAAGUCGACAAAUGAUUUACGACAGACAAAACACUACCCAACCAACACAAUGUCCCACUAUUUCCCGUUGUGACUCGUGUGAUAAACUAUGUGGUUUUCUCAUAUCUUCCUUCGCAGCAGUGGUACAAACGAGCUGCGUGGGUUGGCCUCAUAGAGAAUAAGCCCGUCCAAUCUUGCUCUUUAAGAUAACGUUUAUCAAAUAACAAUGUGUCAGGA